AUGCCGGAGGGAUCGGAGGCAGCCGCCCCGCCGGCCCCAGGCCCUCCACCGAUGCCCACCAAGGAGGAGGCUCGCCCGCAGCCCGAGGGGGCCAGCUGCGACCCCAGCCCCCCGGCUGCUGCCCCCCCCGGCGAGUCCUGCCGGCCCCCCCUGCCCGCAGACCCCCUGGACACCCGCAUCGUCAUGGGGGAGGAGACGCGCUCCCCCUCCGACCCCGAGCUCCGGGGGGGGCCCCCGCUGCCUGCUGUGCCUUGCCCCUUCCCUGCGCCCACCAAAGAUUCCCCCCAGCGCCAAGCGGCUGAGCCCCCCUCCGGGAGAACCCCCCCCGCUGCUGCUGCCGCUAUGGACCCCGACCUCUUCUUCACCGCCCCCUCCACCCCCAUCCGGGUCGGGGGGUCCCGGCUGCUGCCGCCUCCUGCCGAGGAGCAGACGGACGGGGAGAGCGAGGGGCUCUGCUCCCCCCCGACAUCCCCCUCCGGGUCCUACAUGACGGCCGAGGGGGGCAGCUGGGGGUCCUCCGGCACGGCCAGCACCUCCCCGUCCUGCUCCCCCAACCUGGUGGCCGAGGCCGAAGCACUGGCGGUGGCUGAAGCUGAGGCUGAAGGCAUGGUGGAGGUGGAAGCUCUGUCCCCCUGCCUGGACCAUCCCCCUGCCUUCACCCCGCCGUCCCCCGAGGAGGAGGAGGAUGAGGAGGAAGAUGGACUUUUCGCGCUGCCCGGGGGCGAUGAUGGCGAUGGGCAGACGCUGGAGGAUGAGGAGUGGGACAUGUCGGGGGCGGAGGGGCUGCCCGGUGCGGGCUUGAUCCCGGCGGCACUGCUGCCCUUCCGCGGCAGCCUGCUCUUCCAGGCUGAGGCGGUGGAGAUCACACCGCUGCCUGAGGAAGAAGAGGAGGAGGAGGAAGGUGGCAGCACCUCAGCCUCCUUCCUGCGCUCGCUAUCAGAGACCUCCAUCACCGAAGGGGUGGAUGAGUCCUUCGCCUUCCAUGAUGACACCUCCGCCUCCUCCGACUCGGCUGCUUACGAUGGCGAGGAGGACGAGCGGCUCUAUGGCACCGAGCGCCAUGCUAUGGGGGCCGAGGGGGCUCCCCCUGGCACUACCACCGCACCCCCUGGCACUGAUGCCACUGGGGAUGGCGGCAUCGAGCUCCACCUUCACACUGGGGUGGCCCCUGAUGGUGAUGGGUCACUGGAGGGGUCCCCACAGCACAGCAGAGGUGAGGAGCCGGCGAGCACAGUGCCCAGUGUGGAGGACACCAUCAGGGAGGACAUUGGUACCACGGAGCCAGAGAUGCAGGAGCAGGAUGGCAGCAAGGCCCCCCCAGCACCCUCUGGGGAUGGCAGCGUGCAGCCAGAUGGCGAGACCUUCCUCACGUCUUCCUCUUCCUCCUCAGAGCUGGAGGAAGCAUUAACCCUGGAGCACAACGUCCCAUGGGAGCCAGACCCCAUUCCCAGGGAGUAUCCCCCACCAGAACACUCACAGCUCCCAGAGGAGCCAGCAGCGAUGCCGGGUGCUGAGGAGGAGCCAGUGGUGAAGGAUGAUUCCGUCAUGGCAGUACUGGGAGAGGGGCCUAGCAUGGAGCCAGUGGAGAGCAGCAGUGUCCUGCAGCACCCGAGCCUCUGCUCCAGGGAACCCCAAACUGACGGGGUGCAGCAGGAUGCUGCAGCACCAGCUAACGGGGAGCCCCAGGGUGGCCCUGGGAUUGAUGAUGAUGGUGACAGUGACCAUGAGCUUGGCACUGUGAGAGUGGACAGCACCGAGCUGGCAGCCAGUGAUGGUCCUGAUGAGCUGGACACUCUGGCCACCAACCUGGUGACAGCCAGCCCUCCAGAUGAGCCGGACACCGUGGCCACCAACCUGGUACCACCGGUGACAGCCAGCCCACCGGGUGAGCCAGACACUGCAGCCACCAACCUGGUGCCACAGGUGACACCCAGCCUGCCAGAUGAGCCAGACACCAUGGCCACCAACCUGGUGCCACUGGUGACACCCAGCCCGGUGCCACCAGUGACACCCAGCCCACUGGAGGAGCCAGAGCCCAUGGCCACUGACCUGGUGCCAUUGGUGACACCCAACCUACCAGAUGAGCCGGACACCGUAGCCACCAACCUGGUGCCACUGGUGAUGCCCAUCCCACUGGAUGAGCCCGACACUGUGGCCACCAACCUGGUGUCAUUGGUGACACCCAGCCUGCCAGAUGAGCCGGACACUACAGCUACUGACAUGGCACCAUCAGUAACACCAAUCCCACUGGAUGAACCGGACACCAUGGACACCAACCUGGUGUCAUUGGUGACACCCAGCCUGCCAGAUGAGCCGGACACCACAGCUACUGACAUGGUACCAUUGGUGGCACCCAGCCUGCCAGAUGAGCCGGACACUGCACCCACUGACACGGUACCCCUGGUGACACCGAUCCCACCAGAGGAGCUGGAUACUGUAGCCACCGACGUGGUGCCAUCGGUGACAGCAGUCCCACUGGAUGAGUUGGACACCGCAUCCACUGAGCCUGCCCUGGUGCCACCAGUGAUGUCCAGUGUCCUGGCACCAUCCUCCUCACCACAGGAUGCAUCCCCCUGCGAUGCCAGUGAGGAUCUGAUGGAUGCGGCAGCCUCAUCCAACGCAUCCCUGGAGCCACCAGUGACCACGUGUCCCACGGCGCAGGAGACAAUGGUGCAUCGCCCCGAGGAACCGGAUGCUCCCACUGCUUCCCCCGAGGAUCCCCCCCCGGCGCUGCUGGACACCUCCCUCUCCAGCACCGACUCCAUCUCUGUCGCAGCUCCUGAGGACCAGGCAGGAGGAGCCGCCGCCCCCCCCAGCCCCCUGUCCCACAAGGAGGAUGCAGAGGAUGCUGCUGCCCGUCCCUGCCUGGCCCUCUGCCUGCCCGCCUCGCCCCCUGCCGACCCCCCGUUGCUCUUCACCGCUUCAGAGCGGGAGGUGUACGUGGGGACCCCCCUCGAACUGCUCCAAACACCCGGUGCCUUUUCGGAGAGUGGGGCGGGCUGGCAGCGCCGGGAGGACCGGCAGCGGGUCACUGCCAUGCUGCAGGGCUCCUUUGGGGAUCUGCCGGCCCCCCGCCUGCCCCCCAGGCCCGCGGAGCCCCCCGAGGCAUCUGCAGAGCCCCUGGAGGGUCCCCCCAGUGAUGGGGCAACAGAGGAGCCCGUGACCCCUCUGCCUGGUGAUGCUCCCCCGGGCCAGACUGCUGGGGAAACCGAUGCCAAAGUCCUGGGGGAGAGCAGCCCCCCGAGCCCCCCCAGUGAGCCCCCAGCACCCCCUGGGCAGCAGGAGGAAGAGGAGAUGAUGGUGACGACGUUGGGGACCCCAUCCAGCCCCCAGCCUGCUCUGGGUGCCAGCGAAGGGGGGGAUGCUCAGCCAGAGCCUUCCCCGGAGCCAGCCAGGGAUGCAGCCCCCCAACCCCAUCCCGAACCCCCCAGCGCACCGCCAGCCCCCUGCUCUCCACUCCCCAAACUCAGCCAAGUGCCUCCUCUCGCCGCUGCCCCAUUGCCAUGUCCCGACGCAGCCCGCGGCCCCCAGGACACCUCAUCAGGGCUCCCCGCCGGCGAGGAGCGUCCGUCUGUCCUGCCACCCACCAGGAAGCACCUCGAGGCCCCCCAGCCCUCCCCACGCAAGGAGAAGGAGGCCCGAGGCCGGCAGGCAGGGCCGGGCAGCCGGGGACCCCCCCGGGGGUCGCUGCAGUCGGAGUCGAGCUCCUCCAGCGAGGCAGAGGCUCCGUACCCCUGCCCCGAGAUCCAGCGCCUGCGGGAAGCCGCCGGCAUCGCCCUGCGCCAGGACAAGCAGGCUCCGGCCCCCCGCCGCUGUGAGCCCAACCACAAAGGGUCCUGUAAUGAGUCUGAAAGCAACGAUGAGUCCAUCCCGGAGCUGGAGGAGCCUGAGGGUUCAGAGCCGCCGCCAGCGCAGACACAGGUUGGGCUCACCCACUCGCUGGGCACGGGGGAGGAGACGGUCAGCAAGGCAAAGCAGAGCCGGAGCGAGAAGAAGGCCAGGAAGGCCAUGUCCAAGCUGGGGCUGCGGCAGAUCCACGGUGUCACCCGCAUCACCAUCCGCAAGUCCAAGAACAUCCUCUUUGUCAUCACCAAACCCGAUGUCUUCAAGAGUCCCGCGUCCGACAUCUACAUUGUCUUUGGGGAAGCCAAGAUCGAGGACCUGUCGCAGCAAGUGCACAAGGCGGCGGCAGAGAAGUUCAAGGUGCCGAUGGAGCACUCGCCACUGAUCACGGAGACAGCCCCGACCCUCACCAUCAAGGAGGAGAGCGAGGAGGAGGAGGAGGUGGAUGAGACGGGACUAGAGGUGAGGGACAUCGAGCUGGUGAUGGCCCAGGCCAAUGUCUCGCGCCCCAAAGCCGUGCGGGCUCUUCGGCACAACAACAAUGACAUUGUCAAUGCCAUCAUGGAGCUGACCAUGUAGCGGCUGGCGCUGUCCCGGCCCCCCUGUAUAGAUGCACAGUUACUACCCCCCUUCUGCCAUCCUUCCUCUAUACCCCCCCCAUACUUCUCUGCAUCUGUAACGCUCAAUAAAUGGCCUCAUGUAUCACUUGGAU